AUAUAGAAUUGUAGGGCGAUCCGUUGAUCUUGGAUUAGUCAAACACUGACUGUUGGGUCAGGCAAAUCGCAAGGCUUUUGCAAAAAUUUGGGUAUAUAAGCUUGGGCCAAGAGCUCACUUAGCAUCGAAAGCAUCUCAAGCUAUAAUCAAUCAUCAAAUAUGCAGUCCAACAAGGUUUUAUUACUGUUCUUCGGUGAGUUUGGAGAAGAAAGCCAGGAGAAGGAUACAAGUUCAUCUAACAACGAUCUUUCCAUUCAGGUGUCCUCGCCAUGGUGAUCGCCGCUAGUCUCUCCUCCAAAGUUGUGGACCAGGACAACGAUGCUAUUAGCGAUCGUCGUUAUCGUUGGGAAUUAUCAGAAGAUUCCGAUGAGCCUGCAAACGACGAUAGUGACGGAAGCGUUGAUGCAUCCGACAUAAUCAUCUCUGACUCCAUUGAAUAUCGACCAGCAUCUUCCAAAAGUAAUGAAAGCGGCUCCACUGAAGCUUAA